GCAACCGCGAGGCCGCCCCGAGCACCCGAGCCCCGGCGUCGAGCAUGGAGGGCUCCGCGGAGGAAGAGCACAAAGAGAAACUAUUAUGGAGCGUCAAACGGGAGGUGAAGCAGAUCAUGGAGGAAUCUGUGACCAAGAAGUUUGUCCACGAAGACAGCAGCCACAUCAUCGCCCUCUGCUCGUCGGUGGAGGCGUGUCUGGGGCACCUGCUGAAGCGGCGGGCGGCCGGGUUCCUCCGCAGCGACAAAACGGCCGCACUCUUCACCAAAGUGGGGAAAGUUUACGACGUCGCCGCAGAAAUCUGCACCAAAGUCCAGGAACAACUGAACCAGCAGAGCGAGCUCACCAGGCGGAGCCAGAGCGUGUCGUCGUCCCAUGAGCCUUUGCGGCGUCAGGCCUCGUCGUCGUCGUGCCGAGCUCCGCCCCCUCUGUCCCCUCAGGCCGUGCGCCACAUCUGGGUGCGGACGGCGCUCUUCGAGAAGGUCCUGGACAAGAUCAUCCAGCACAUCGUGGACAACUCCAGUAAAUAUUAUGAGAAAGAGGCUCUGAUGCACGACGCGGUGUACGGCCCCAUCCUCGCCGCUCUGCUCGUGGGCCCCUGCGCGCUGGAGUACACCAAACUCAAAACCUCGGACCACUUCUGGACCGACCCCUCGGCCAACGAGCUGGUCCAGAGACACCGCAUCCACGGAGCCCACCGCAGCCAGGAGUCCACCCCGGGGAGGAGGCCCGCGCUCGGGAUCCGGAAGCGUCAGUCCAGUGGGAGUAUGUCUGAAGACAGAUUCGCGGCGUCGGCUCGAGAAUACGUCGAGUCUCUGCAUCAAAACUCCAGAACGCACCUGCUCUACGGCAAGAACAACGUGCUCGUGCAGCCGAAGAAGGAGAUGGAGGUUUUGAGGGGGUACUUGUCCCUGCAUCAGUCUGGAGAGAACCUGACCCUGAAGUGGACCCCGAACCAACUCAUCAACGGGACUCUAGGGGACUGUGACCUGGAGAAGAGUAUUUACUGGGACUACGCUCUGACUGUUCCUCUGCGUCAGAUCGUCUGUCUGCACUGUCACCAGAGACCUGACUGUGGUGGUACGCUGGUGCUGGUGAGUCAGGACGGCAUACAGCGCCCCCCUCUGCUCUUUCCUCCUGGGGGGCACCUGUUGGCGUUCCUCUCCUGUCUGGAGACGGGUCUGCUGCCCCGGGGUCAGCUGGAGCCGCCCUUGUGGUCACAGAAGGGAAAGGGUAAAGUUUUUCCAAAGCUCCGGAAGCGCAGCAGCUCCGCGCGGCUCCUGGACCAGGACCGACCCGGAGACGAGGAGACGGCCGCGGACUACGUGUUCAGAAUCGUCUACCCUGGAUACCGCUACGACGCCAUCACCAUAAACUACCACCACUCGACGGGCAGUCGAGCUCCGUCUCUGGACGACGACGAGGAGGAAGAAGAUCGUCUCCACGCCAUGAUCUCCAUGAUCUGCUCCCGGAACCUCACGCACCCAAACGCUCACGCAGAUCUGUCCGAGGGGUCAGAGGUCGCAGGUUUGGGGGGGAGCCCGUCGUCGUGGCAACAGUCGGAGUCUGAGUGUGUGUCCUGCUCCACGUCCACGAACUACAGCUGCGCCCACGAUACUUCAGACAUACACACGGUUCCUCUGAAGAUGUUGUGCCAAAACAUGAAGAGGCAGAUCGUCUCCAGAGCCUUCUACGGAUGGCUGGCGUACUGCAGGCACCUGUCGACUGUGCGCACGCACCUGUCGGCUCUGGUGAAUCACAGCAUCGUUCCUCCAGAUCGACCGUGUGAGGCGUCAGGAGGCCUGAGCAAAGAAGUGUGGAGCAAGUACCAGAAGGACUGCAAGAAUUACAAAGAGCUGGAGCUGCUGCGGUUGGUUUAUUAUGGAGGCGUCCAGCACGAGAUCAGGAAGGAGGUGUGGCCUUUCCUCUUGGGACACUACAAGUUUGGGAUGAACAAGAAAGACCUGAGCCAGGUGGACGCGCGCGUUUCCGAGCGUUACCAGCAGGUGGUGCGUGAGUGGAAAGCCUGCGAGCUCAUCGUGAGGCAGAGGGAGAAGGAGAUGCAGUCGGCCAUCUUUGCCAAACUGUCGUCAGGGAGCAGCAUCGACAGCCACGUCCUGAGACUGGUGCACCGCGACUCCACGCUCAGCAACGAGGUGUUCAUGUCGGUGGACGAGCCUGACGGAGCCCAGAGCCCCCCCAGCACCGAGGACACGCCCCCUCCCACCUCCACCCUGCUCCCCCCGCACGCCCUGCCCCCCGAGGAGCGCCCCCUGCUGGAGUUCGACUCUCCGGACUCGGGCCUGCCCUCGUCCAGGAACUACUCUGUGACCUCUGCCCACUCACAGAUCACGUCCAGCACGGAGGAGGAGCCCGGGACCAACGAGGAGACCAACGAGGAGACCAACGAGGAGACCAACGAGGAGACCAACGAGGAGACCACGGACCAGAGCCAAGACCAGAGCCAAGACCAGAGCCAAGACCAGAGCCAAGACCAGAGCCAAGACCAGAGCCAAGACCAAGACCAGAGCCAAGACCAGAGCCAAGACCCAGGAGACCAGACCAGGACCAGAGACACGGACAGACUCUGCUCUCAGCUCGACAGACUGGUGACCAACGGAGAGAAAGCAGAGAAGAUCUCCCCGUCUCUGUCGUCUUACACGAUUGAGCUGCUGGACACUGUGGCUCUGAACCUGCACAGAAUCGACAAAGACGUGCAGAGGUGUGACCGAAACUACCACUACUUCACCACGGCCAACCUGGAGAAGCUCCGGAACAUCAUGUGCAGUUACGUUUGGGAGCAUUUGGAGACAGGAUACGUCCAGGGAAUGUGUGACCUCCUCGCGCCUCUUAUGGUCAUUCUGGACGACGAGUGCCUGGCGUACAGUUGUUUCACUCAGCUGAUGAAGAGGAUGAGUCAGAACUUUCCAAACGGAGGAGCGAUGGACUCACACUUCGCCAACAUGAGGUCCCUCAUCCAGAUCCUGGACUCAGAGUUGUUCGAGUUGAUGCAGCAGAACGGGGACUACACUCACUUCUACUUCUGCUACAGAUGGUUCCUGCUGGACUUUAAGAGAGAGCUGCUGUACGAGGACGUGUUCUCGGUGUGGGAGGUCAUCUGGGUUUCUCCUCGCGUCUCCUCCCGACACUUCGUCCUCUUCAUGGCUCUGGCCCUGGUCACGGUCUACAGAGAGAUCAUCAUCCACAACAACAUGGACUUCACGGACAUCAUCAAGUUCUUCAACGAGAUGGCCGAGCGUCACGACGUCCAGAACAUCCUGAAGAUCGCUCGAGAACUGGUCCACAAAGUCCAGUCUCUGAUGGACCCCAAGUGAUCCAGACCAGAGACCAGGUCCAGACCAGGUGUAAGCCAAGGUCCAGACUCCAGACCAGGUUUAAACCAGAGACCAGGUCUAAACCGAGGUCCAGAAUCCAGACCAGAGUCUAGACCUAGGUCUGAAGUCCAGUCUCUGAUGGACCCCAAGCGAUCCAGACCAGAGACCAGGGUCCAGACCAGGGUCCAGACCUCCUCUCCUCUUCCUCCCCUGGCCCCCUGCCCCUCCUGUUGUUGGAGGGACACAGCGCCCCCUUUAGGCCCUCCCUGUUGCUGCAGUGUCGAUGUUUACACAGACGUUGGUUCCUUGGUUCCUCGGUUCCUUCGUCGGUUCCUUCGUUGGUUCCUUUGUUGGUUUGUGUUGGUCGUGUGCAUGCUCGCUCCCACACUGUGAACUCUCCUGGACGCUUGGAUUCAAAACUCAACUUUUUAAAUAUUUUUGGAGUAUUUCUUCAAAAAAAAAAAAAAAAAAAAAAACGGCACCAGAUUUGCCACGAAACGAUUCCUGUGACCAAAAACGACUGUGCCAAUGACCGCCGUGUUUACGACUAGCAUGCGCGUCCUACCCAACCCCACCGUCCGGUCUGGAGGUGUUUGAGUUUUAUUUUUGUACGUUUCUCAUGUUGCCUUUAAGCGUAAUGGGAGUUUGUAGUUGCACUUUUUGGUGAUGUUUUUCCGACGGUUCUGAUGAAGACCUGGACUGGACCAGAGCCGAAGAGCCGGAGUGAAACAGGACGCACGUCUGCAACCAACUUCUCACAGCAACAAGUGACAGUCUGGGGUCUGAAGUACUCGAGUAAAAGCACUGGUACUUCAAGACAAUGAUACUCAAGUAGAAGUACAAAGUAGUGAUCCAAGAAAUUACUUAUUAGGUUAAAAAGUAUUUGGGAAAAGUAAGAGGGGGUAUUCUGGAGCUUUCUCUCACGUUCUAAUGUUCCGUCAUCAAAAACACGAGGUUUUAGAGUCCUCCGUGCAUGUUUGAGUAAUCUAGAGAUCUCUCCCGGGCCCUAUUCAAACCCUCCUUACAGUUAGCAGUACGAGUCUGUACGAGGCUCCGCCCACAAGCCCACGUCACCCACGCUCCCACGUGAAAAUUCUUCAUAAAAAUACAAAAACACGAUACGAAACUGUACACGGCGUGGUGAUUGUGCUCUGAAGGGGGAGUGACUUAUAAAUCAAGUUAAAGUUUGUAUGGAGGAUUUUUUUUUUUGUUUCAGAUUGUUAAUGAAAGUUCAAAAUAGCGUCACACAGUAAAAAGUGGAGCGUUAAAAUCGACUCUCACAAAAUGUAUUUGAACAUUUUCUCAGGGUUUAUAUGAGUCCAAUUUGUUCUGAGUUAAUUUAACAUUUUUGGAAAUGUUAAUUAAGUAACACUGGACCAAAGUUCCUGUUUAACCCUGAAAUCAAGAGUUAUAUUAAUGUUUUGAGAGUAAACAGAUAACACUUUGUAGAGUUAUCCUCAUUUAACUAAACAACACACAGAGGUGUUUUAUUUUUACUCUUUGAGUUAAUUUAAGAUGAAAUGAUGUAAAGUUUGUUCAAACUUGUCUUCUCUCGCGGGAGUUUGAAGUGGUGGUGGGAGGAGCCAAAUUAACACUAGAGGAAGUUGAAUUAACUUGAACCAAAUCAACUUUGGCAAAUAACCCCAACUCCAACCCCCAUUAAACUUUCAAAUAGUUAAAUAACACUUUUUGUGUUAAAAUAACUCUGAAAUAUUUUACCCUGAAAUUUUAACCCUUCAGUUUUUGCUGUGAACAGAGCUGCAGCAGCCUUGUGAUUAUGACGACAAAAAAAGGGCUGCGUCGUUUUCUAUUGUCUCUCAGGUCGUCACGCAGGAGCAACAUUUUAAAAAGGACAAGUAUGAAUAUAAUUUAUGACCUGCACGAUCUGGAGAAGUCAGACUUUUCUGAUUAUUCUGUAUCUGACUGGUUAUAAAAAGGUAUAAAACACCAAAUCACAACAGUAAGAUAAUAAAAUGAGCACCACAUGAAGCUUUUAGCAUGACAAGUUCGGACAGUUUACCAUUACUUAUGAUGCUCAUCUUUCUAAAAAAUAAUUUGAAAAUAUUAAUUAAUAAAUUAUACAGUUGUUACAAAGUGAUCGCUGCAAACUCGAGCAUCGUCCGUUUCUGUGCCUCCUGUUUUUAGUCGGACAUUGUCGAUUCACUUUUGUCGUCUUUUUUCUGUAAGUUUCUUAAAACUAACUCCCCUGUGACACACCUUCAGUGCCCAUGAAAAAUGUUUCUUUCUCCCGAUUAGAGCGGCUGCAGCAAACACAGUGCACAGAAUUUAGGCGGCGAGUCAGCAGAGGUAAACGAGGUUCUGUGCGUCUGUCUUUACUUCCUGACCCCAGCUGCUUUUGGUGACGUCAUCUAAAACUAGUGAUAUAACUAGGGCUGGGCAAAAAUAAAAAAAUUAAUCGCGAUUAAUCGCAUGUUAUACGUAAAACCAAUUAAUGAAUUGAAAAGUAGAGUAUAGCUGCACUUUUAUUGGAAAUGUAAAUGAAAGAGCCACACACUUUCUUUCAGAGUUGAACCCUCAGAGUCGUCAAGGUUUUCUGUGAAGGCUCAAGAAAAAAUAUUCAAUGGAUGUUUGUACUACUAAUAUAUUUUUUCAAUACUUUUUAUUCAGUGAGUAAUAAACACGA